GUGAAGCAUCAUUCACAGAUGUUGAAGCCUUGAUCACUUGAUCUGUAUCUCUUGAUCAUCGCACAAGAAAUAACUUUGACAGAAUGCACUACGUUGUCCUCUUCACUUUGCUCACAGCUUCUGUGCUGGCUGAUGUCCAGCCCCAGCACUACUCCUUCUCCCCAACAGUGGGUUCAGGAAGCGGCAGCUCUUACAGUCUGACUGGCGAGGGCCGAAUCACGGCUGUCAGAGUGUGGGAGGCCAACAGCAACUUCAUCUAUGGCUUCCAGUUCCGCUACGGCUUCAUCUGGUCCUCAGUUGUUGGCUUCAGAUCUGGCCAGGCCCUGGAGAUGGAGUUGUUUGACGGCGAGGCCAUCAUCCAGAUUUCAGGGAAGUACGCUCACUACCUGCAGUCAGUGGUGUUCACCACUAACAGGGGCCGCACGCUGCGUGCAGGCCAGCCCACAGGCCACUCCUUCAACAUGUAUCCCACCCACAGCGAGGCCGAGCUGCGCUUCAUCAGCGGCCGCUACCGUGGAGCAAUCACCUCCAUUGGAGCACACUGGGCCAUCCUUGAUCCAGCGGUAAACAGCACUGAUGGGCACUGA